AUGGGCCCUUUUUCUGCUCUAUGCGAGCUGUGGUCUUUAAUAGAUCCAAAUAGCAGUGUCAUGGUUUCAACACCCGUGGAUGCAGAUACUGGAGUGGAGGCUCUUCCACUUGAUAAAUACAUCACUGGUGCAUUAUACACUAAAAAGAUGUUUCAUAAUACAAAGAACAAUGCCCAGAUGAUUACUGAAGAUUCUGAAGUUUCCAAUGACUCAAAGCAAGAAAAUAAAGACAAUAAGCUUCCUGCCACAGAAAGAAAAUUCUAUCAGGAAUGCAAACAUCUGGAGUCAGAAUUAGACACUUCAAAUUUUGACAAGAUUUACUGGAGCCAAAAAGGAAUACCUACAAGUUUCUCCAAACUAAUGAAGCUGAAUGGUGAUUGUGAAAGAAGCAUCAUGUGCCCAGAAUUGUCAGCUGCGAGAAAGGAACGUCAGAAUUAUUUAGAAUUGAAAAUGGAAGAUGAUGACUCUUAUGAAGUGUUGUACGAACGGGCCAAAUUUACUAACUUGCUUCAGCGUCUGGAAGGUAUCAGCUUUUCAAUUGAUAAGGAUCGUAAUGGAAUUAGAAAGCAAAUACAUAAAGAAUUUGAGAAAAUUAACCAGUCUCUCCAGAACAGGAAAGAAGACUUGUUGAAUGAGUUAGAAUUCCUGGUACAACAGCACCUGAAAGGGAUUGCUAAACUCCAAAAUGUGCUCAAAGAGAAGAUUAAUGGUUUAGACUGUGCCAUAAAAAAAUUAGAGCAGUCCAAAUCGGAACAUCUCAUGACGUGUUGUCAUUCACACCAGAUUAUUGAAAAAUUGAAAUGCUUAGAUCAAGUAAAUAACAUUGUAGAGACCCUAGAAUUGAGAACUGAUCUGAGGCUUCAAAUCCAAUCUGGAGUAGUAAUGAUGGGGCUUGCAAAUUUAGGAAGAAUUGAAUUGGGAUCAGAAAAGUUUAUUGCUUCAAGGAUAGAAAAAUUACAAAACGAAUUUAGGAAAAUUACAGAACAAAAUGGCUCACUUGGAGGACAACAACAUUUUGCAAGUUGCAAAAUUGAAUCUUAUGAGAAAAAACAGAAAGUGGAUUCUUUCAUGUACCAUGAUAUGAAUGUUUCUCGGCUGGGUACUAGCCCAAAAAUACGGGAAAGUUCUUCAUUGUGCUGUCAGAACAGAUUAUCCAUUUUAAGUAAAGAUGCAGAUGUUAUUGUUGAAGAAAUAUUUGAAGAUGCCAACACAAUUGUAUCUGGUACUAUUGAUCAAAAUGAUCCAAAACAACUUCGGCAAGUUUCAAAGAGACAGAAAAAGACUUUUCAUAAGAAAAAUGUUUCAGACACCAACUUUGGCUGUUGUGCAGGUUUUCAGGGAUUGGUUUCGGUGAGUCAUGUGAUUAAUCCAUGCCAUUUCUACAUCCAAAAGUCUUCAGAGAAAAAGAAAGCUAUUGUCUUGGCAGCAGAAGCUGACAAUCUCUCUCGUAGUAUGGAAUUGCAAAAAUCUCCAGCAGCUACACUGGAAUUUGGUGAGAGAAUUAUUGUUAACAGCAACAUUUUUUGUGCAUGGCGCCGAGGAAUUAUCACUGAACUGAUGCUACAAGGAAAAAUUGAUAAGGCUAACAAUACGACAAAGUAUCGAAUAUCUGAUCUUUCUGCACUCAGAGUGUUCCUGUUUGACUCUGGACAUUCAGAAAUACUUGUACUACCAGGAACUGAUACUACUUUGAAGAAGUUGGACGAUGGUGUGGAUACAUACACAUUUGUCAGUGAUUUGAGCCAGUGUGUACGAAAACUGAUCCCUCACAUGAAAGGAGCACUAAAUCACAUUCCUCCAUUAGCGAUUAAAUGCUCAUUGAAGGAUAUUGUUCCAGCAAAUCCAAGCAACAGUUGGAGUGUGGAAGCCAGGAAUGAAUUUACACGAAUUGUGGAUAACAAAGCUGUACAGAUGAUAGUUCUGGGAGAGGAUGGUGACAAACUACUUGUGGAUUUGAAAAAGCCUCCGAUGGACAAGAUGGAAAGUGAUGUUCCUGUCUCAUUACGUGAUGCACUUGUAUUCUUGGAAUUGGCCAGAUUUGUUAGUGAAUAUUCUGUUCCCACGCCAAAUCUGGAAACCAACUUAUUGACUAUGCAGUAUUAUCCACCUGUAAGGCCACCUUUUUCAAAGGAGAUUGAAAUUAUGGUUACGCAUACCAACAAUCCUUUGGAUUUCUACAUUCAGUUGAUAGAUAGUGUGGAUCUUCUCAUCCUCACAAGAAACAUGUUUGAAUUUUAUACUGGAAAAGAUGUCAACUUGGAGAUCCUAUGCCCAUUUGUGGGACAGGCUUGUGCAGCACUCUUUGAUGAUGGAGGAUGGUACAGAUGUCAAAUUAGUGGCUUACCUGGACAUAGGGAAGUUGAUGUCAAAUACGUUGAUUAUGGCAACACAGCACGAAUACCAGUAACAAAUACAAGGAAAUUAAAAGAGGACUUUCUGACCUUACCUAUUCAGGCUUUACAAUGCAGACUGUCUGAUGUAGAACCUAUCAAUAACACAGAAGGAUGGAAUGACUAUGCAAAGGAGAGAUUUCAGCACCUUACAUUGAACAAGUGCAUGUGGUGUCGCAUAAAUCAUGAGCCUUGGGGAAACUCAUUGUCAGUUCAAUUAUAUGAAUCAACACCUGAUUUGAAUGGGAUGAAAGCUUGUAUAAACAACAUUUUAGUUGAAGAAAACUUGGCAUGCUUCACAAAGAAUAAUCUCACAGAUGAUAAUCUAGAACACCGUAACAAAGCUCUGACGACUUCCACCGAGCAAAUAAAUGAAGCUGGAAUAAUAGGUAUUCGUAACAAUGUUGCAAGUUGCCAACAGCUUGAAGAAUUGGAUUUUCCUGGGACAGUAUCAAGUAGAAAUGCUUUUGAUAAUGGUCAACAAGUGGAAGUGAAAGUGACAUUUGUGGCUUCUCCCAGCAGUAUAUUUGUACAGACGUUAAUAUCGCAAUAUCGGCUGAAAGAUUUGCAGGAAGAAAUGAAAGUUGUAUAUUCAUCAUCGGACCAUGAUGAUGUUGAAUGGGAGGAAAGUAUGGACUGUGCAUUACUGGCUUUUGAGCACAGAGAAUGGAGAAGAGGGAAGGUCACCAAAGUGAUUUCAGAUAAGUUUGUGGAGGUGUUCUAUUAUGACUUUGGAAAUAAAGAAACAGUGAACACCAGCAUGAUACAACAACUAAAAGAGGAGUUCCGAUUUGAACCUCUGGCACUUGAGUGCUCUUUAUCGUCCAUUAGACCAGCUGGAGGGAGCUUAAAUUGGACAGCAACAUCAUGCGACUUUUUAGGAGACAUUCUGGUUGGGCGUUCAGUACUUAUCAACAUUGAGGAAACAUCUUCCAAAUCACCUCUACCAGUGAAACUCUAUGCUAAAGAUGAAAUUGAACAGUUUAUCAACAUAGCACAAUACUUGGUCAAGAAAGGUUUGGCCUUGCCUCAGAAAAUUUCAACUACACCAGAUUGUAGACCACUACAGACUGAUGUGAAGCAAAGUGACAAGGAACGGUCAUUGGACCAAGCAACUGAAAUUGGAUAUGAAAUACUCAACAAUCAUGACAAUCAUCUGUCAUCCAAAAAAACAUACAAACCAGCUGUCCUACCAAAUGUGAAUAUCUUCAAAGUUGAAAUAACUGGUGUUGAUGAUGAUGGUAUCAUCUAUGGAAUGGCAGUAUCAAUGAAAGAGCGACUUGCCAUGUUGACCAGUGCUUUUCAGACCAAUUUUAAAGGACUACCAUUACUGAAACCGUACUGCUAUAGUAAAAGUGAAGGCUGCAUUGUUAAAGGUUCUGAUACACUGUGGUACAGAGCAAAAAUUUUGGAAGUGAUUGGGGGAUCCGUUAAGGUGCAGUACGUUGAUCGUGGAUAUACUGAAACAAUUCCUCAAUGCCAUGUUUAUCCAGUGCUAAUGUAUCCUGAUAUUCCAGAGCUUUGCCUUCCAUUUCAGCUUUUUGGAGUGGAACCUGUAGGAAACAAAUGGCAAGAUGAUGCUAUUGACACUCUGAGAGAAUUACUUUUCCAAAGAAAUUUGCAAGUGGAGAUUAUGGUCCGACCGGAAAGUGGCAUACAGACUUCGUUAGUUGAUCUUCAAUUUGAUGGAAUUUCUGUUUCUUCUUUUAUGAUACAUCAUAACCAUGCUGUUAAAAAUGAAAAGGCUUCAGUAAUGUUUGAGAAACUUUGUCUGAAUUUAAAUGAUGGAAACGAAACUGAAGAAAGUUGGUAUUUGAUGCAUGAGGAUUUGCUGUCCUCACGCUUUGAAACCUUUAUGGUGCCAGAGUAUGAAUAUCCAUUAUUGCCUUUACCAGGAAAAGUUUUCCCUGUAACGGUAAAGCACCUAGAAACUCCCAACCAGGUGUACAUUUCCAUUGGUUCGAGGAGAGAUGUUGAAUCAAAUACUGACACAGACGACAGUAGCAUAAGCUACGAACUUGAUGAUCUUGAGCAAGCUCUCAGAGAGCUUAAUCAGAAUGCACAGGCACUUCCUUUACUCUCAGAUUUCAGAUCAGAAAUGCCUUGCCUUGCUGAAUACAGUGAUGGACGGUGGUACAGAGCAAAAGUAUUGUCACUAGAUAAAGUUCAACCAUUAAAGAUCCUUGUGCAGCAUGUUGAUUUUGGCUCUACUGCAUCUUUACCAGAUUCCAGACUUCGGCAGAUUCCUGCACACUUAGUACAGUAUCCAGUUCAAGCUAUCAAGGUCAAGCUGGCAGGAUUUAAGCCCCCAGCUUUAAUGAAUGAUGUUGAUCGACUUGUUUACAGUCCAGAAUGGUCCAUGGAAGCUCUGUGGACAAUGAUUGACAUUGUACAAGGGAAUCAACUUACAGCAUUCUUGGUGAGCUUAUGUCCAGAAGUUUCUGUAUUCUUGUAUGAAGAAGGAUCACUGAUUCACCUACCACUUGUAGAAAAGGGGCUUGCAGAUUUGGAUAUGUAAGAGGUAUCAGCAAAAUGUUGGAGAGCCUUCAAACUACACAGGAUUCUGCAGGAUAUUGCCAUUGCAUUUUUUGUUUUUGUGAAUUCAUUGACUGCAAACAUUUUUGCUGUACUGGAGUUUGAAGCUGAAUAAGGCUAGUAUGCCCAAGUUUUCUUGAUUGAAUAAUGUUUAUAGUUUUAUUUUACUUGAAGCAUUGAUGUGAUGCUAAUGUAACAUGAAUCAGUUUAAUGGCUAAGUUCAUAGUGGUUCAACUGCAAAAGAAUUUGACAUGUACUUUUGAGUUUUGUUUUUUCCUCGUUCCCUCAAU